UGGAUGGCGGACGCUGGACCGGAGCAGCUCAUGUAAAAGGACUUUAUCCGUGAGACAAGUGGGAACCCGGAGCCCGUCAGCAUGCGGGUCCUGUUGAGUCUCCUGUACCCCGUCAUCUGCCUCAUCCUAGUCGGAUUCUAUCCUACCAUGACAAUCGGUCCGAAGGAGGGCUGGCAGGUGUACAGCUCGGCCCAGGACGCCGAUGGCCGCUGCAUCUGCACCGUCGUGGCACCAGAACAGAGUCUGUGCUCCAGAGAUGCCAAGAGCAGACAGCUGCGCCAGCUGCUGGAGAAGGUGCAGAACAUGUCUCAGUCCAUCGAGGUGCUGAACCUGCGGACUCAGAGGGAUUUCCAAUACGUCAUGAAGAUGGAGAACCAGAUGAAGGGCCUGAGGACGAAAUUCCGCCAGGUUGAGGACGACAGAAAAUCCAUUAUGGCCAGAAACUUUCAGGAGAUUAAGGACAAAAUGGACGAGCUGAAGCCCUUAAUCCCCGUGUUGGAGCAGUACAAGAUGGAUGCUGCGCUCAUUUCCCAGUUCAAAGAGGAGAUCAGGAACCUGUCUGCAGUGUUGACAAGCAUCCAGGAGGAACUUGGAGCGUACGACUACGACGAGCUGUACCAGCGAGUCCUGCGGCUGGACAGCAGGCUGCGCAGCUGUAUGGGCAAACUGACAUGUGGGAAGUUAAUGAAAAUCACUGGACCAGUUACAAUAAAGACAUCUGGAACCCGGUUCGGGGCAUGGAUGACUGAUCCACUGGCGUCCACCAGAAACAACAGGGUUUGGUACAUGGAUAGUUACACCAACAGCAAGAUUGUGCGCGAGUUCAAGACGAUAGAUGACUUCGUGGCCGGAGUUGUUUCCCGAACCUACAGUCUCCCUUUCAAAUGGGAGGGGACCAAUCACAUGGUGUAUAACGGCUCGCUCUACUACAACAAGUACCAGAGCAACAUCAUCGUCAAGUACAGCUUCGAGUCGGGCAGCGUUCUCGCUCAGCGCGCCUUGGAGUUCGCCGGCUUUCACAACAUGUAUCCCUACACGUGGGGCGGGUACUCGGACAUCGACGUCAUGGCCGAUGAGCUCGGAAUGUGGGUGGUCUACGCCACCAAUCAAAAUGCUGGAAAUGUCGUGAUUUCCCAGAUUGACCCCGACACCCUGCAGGUGCUGAAGACGUGGAACACGGAGUAUUCCAAACGCAACGCCGGGGAAACGUUCAUGAUCUGUGGGACGCUUUAUAUCACCAACUCUCACCUCUCUGGAGCCAAAGUCUACUAUUCAUACUCAACCAAAACUUCGACUUACGAGUACGUAGACAUUCCGUUCCAUAACCAGUACUUUCAUAUCUCCAUGCUCGACUACAACGCCAGAGAGAGGGCGCUGUACGCCUGGAAUAACGGACACCAGGUGAUAUUCAACGUCACUCUUUUUCACGUCAUCAAAACAGACGACGACUCCUAAACAUCACUUGGUGAUCCCUGGACAUCAAGUUUGCUCAAGUAUGGGCGCUUUUCUGAAAACCUUUUAUUGCGGAUCAGUGACUGAAAAGAGCAUGGACUCCAGUGGACACCGAUCAGACAGGUUUGCCUCAUGCGGCUCGUGUCAGCGGUACCAGCCGAACACUCUUGAUUGCUUCUGCAUGAAUGUUCCUUUGUCCGCGGUGACUCGUCUAACUGUCUGUAUUUUUGCUGCAAAUCUGUUUUGCGUCGUGUUUGCACCCAUGUCGACUUUAAAAUACGAAAUGCGAAAUACUAGAUAUUUUUUGCGCAUUUGUCACCAUGCCGCACUGGUGUAAUAGAUUUUUAAUGUGUGUUCGUGAAAGUCCAUUAUUCUGUUCCCAAAACAAAAUCAGAUUUGUAUUUUUUUAUAUAUAUCGAAAAAAAGAAACCAAUAAAGAAAAUCUGUACAUUUUCAUGUCAAUCAUAUAUUGUACUUUUUCAUUUACACCGUUCUUUCAGCAUUUCUCAAGAGGGUGUCACCUGAACCUCUCUAGUCUCAUGUCUUUACCUCACCCAUAAACCUGGCUGCCUAUCUUCUCUCUCCAUCCAUUUCUCUCUGUGCAGCCUCACUAACUUUGUCCUCAAACUUCUACAUGACCUGUCCCUCUGACACUCAUUUCUAAUCUUGUCCUUCCCAGUCGUUGCCAAUGGAAACCUGAGCAUCCUCUGACUCUGCUGUUUCUGCUUCUUGUCCUUGUGUCCGUCACUAAUUAGGAGUUUAAAAGUCGAUUGACCAAGGGGGCGCCAGAGGCAAAGUUCUAGUGAGGUUUUUGCUGCAUUCCAGGGCUCAUUUUAUUCUACCUUCAGCAUACAAUUAAAUCCAUGCAAAUAAUAGGCCUUGAUAUGGUUAUUUAUCUGCAUUACAAAUUAAACAACAAGUAGCAGAACAGACUCACUGAAAGACAGCCAGCACAUAUUAUGUUCACAAAACAACAACUCAUCGCCAUACAUGUGCUUCACCCUCAUGUUGCCAGUCAAGUCAGAAAUUAGAGCCUGGCGGAUCAAUAUGUUCUUCUCUUGAGGUCUCCUGACAUGCACAGCAGGACUGGAACAACAGGU